AAAGGUGUGUAAUGUUACAAGAUGGCGGAUAAGAGACAGGAAAGGUUGAAGAUGGCCAGAUCUCAGGCUGUCAUGGCAGGAAUGACUAGUUUCGUGAUAAAAGAGACUAUUCUGGCCCCUUUGACUCGUAUAAAGCUCUUGCUCCAAUGUCAGGGAGAGAUGAGAAAGACUGGUCGCCUUGCAGUCCCUUAUAAAGGAGUUUUUGAUUGUGCUAGAACCAUUUACAGAACAGAAGGGAUCCUCUCUUUCUGGAAAGGCAACUCUGCUGGUUGCUUAAUGUUCUUAUCUUAUCCUCUGACAAUAGCUUUUAAAGAACAAUUGCCCAAAAUGAAUUUCCUCAAAGUAUACCACUCCGACUCUUACAAAGUCAAAUUAUCCAAGAACAUAGCCUCUGGAUUCUUAUCGGGUGCAGCUAGCCUAGUACUCCUUUACAAUAUCUCUUACGCUCGUGUGCGUCUAGCUAAUGAUGUCCUUGCAACAGGAAAAGAGAUGUCCCCACGUCAAUUUAGUGGUUUGAUUGAUGUCUAUCGCAAAACACUUCGGACUGAUGGUAUCAUUGGUCUUCAUCGUGGUUUUAUGGUCUCGUGCCUUGGGAUCAUAGUAUACCGUGGGACUUAUUUUGGACUUUUUGAUACGCUUAGACCAGUUGUCAUUGGUAAUGGCAAAACUGCUUCUCCUUUGUCACUUUUCCUUCUUGGUUAUGGCGUUACACUAACAGCUGGGGUCAUCUCAUACCCACUGGAUACAAUAAGAUCAAGAAUGAUCAUGACUUCGUGUGAGCCUGUUCAAUAUAAAGGCUGGAUUGACUGUGGGGUCCAGAUACUAAAGAAUGAAGGAGUCACUGCUCUAUAUGGAGGCGUUUCUAUUAAUAUAUUCCGUGGGAUUUUUGGAGCAGCUCUGCUUGUACUUUACGAUAGACUCAAACAUUCUUUUAUGUGAUGCAUACAUAGAUAUUUUUCAUUUUUAUUAUCAUCACUGAGCAUUCAAUUGAUGUGUGAAUCAGAUGUGUCAUUGGAUAGUACAAGGAGCUAUUUUAUUACCUCAUUAUUAUUCAUUGGCUUGUGGUGUGGAAACGUCACGUUGUCAUAGCGACCACAUUAUUGUGUGACCUUUUUUAUCUGUGAAGCUAAGAGAGAAGGGUUGGCCUUUUGACAUCAUCUCCUCGUGCGGUUUUGUCUUCCUCCUUCAUUUUGAAAAGAGACAGACCUUCUAAAA